GACCGGCAGCGGCACGAGGGGAGGAUGGCGGAGUCCUCGGACAAGCUCUACCGGGUCGAGUACGCCAAGAGCGGGCGCGCCUCCUGCAAGAAGUGCAGCGAGAGCAUCCCCAAGGACUCGCUCCGCAUGGCCAUCAUGGUGCAGUCGCCCAUGUUCGAUGGCAAAGUCCCCCACUGGUACCACUUCUCCUGCUUCUGGAAGGUCGGCCACUCCAUCUGGCAGCCUGACGUCGAGGUGGACGGGUUCUCGGAGCUCCGGUGGGACGACCAGCAGAAAGUGAAGAAGACGGCCGAGGCCGGCGGCGUGGCAGGCAAAGGCCAAGGCGGAGCUGGCAGUAAGACAGAGAAGACCCUGGGCGACUUCGCGGCCGAGUAUGCCAAGUCCAACAGGAGCACCUGCAAGGGCUGCCUGGAGAAGAUAGACAAGGGCCAGGUGCGCCUGUCCAAGAAGAUGCUGGACCCGGAGAAGCCCCAGCUGGGCAUGAUUGACCGCUGGUACCACCCAGAAUGCUUUGUUGAGAACAGGGCGGAGCUGGGUUUCCGGCCCGAAUACAGUGCGAGCCAGCUCAAGGGCUUCAGCCUGCUUGCUCCGGAGGAUAAGGACGCCCUGGAGAAGCAGCUCCCGGGAGUCCAGAGCGAAGUAAAGAGGAAAGGCGACGAGGUAGAUGGACUAGACCAAGUGCCCAAGAAGAAACCUAAGAAAGAGAAAGACAAGGACGCCAAGCUUGAAAAGGCUCUCAAGGCCCAGAACGACCUGAUCUGGAACACCAAGGAUGAGCUCAAGAAAGCGUGCUCGACGAAUGACCUGAAAGAGCUGCUCAUCUUCAACAAGCAGCAAGUGCCCUCCGGGGAGUCGGCGAUCUUGGACCGUGUGGCUGACGGCAUCGUGUUCGGUGCCCUCCUCCCCUGCGAGGAGUGCUCAGGCCAGCUGGUCUUCAAGAGUGACGCCUACUACUGCACGGGGGACAUCACUGCCUGGACCAAGUGUAUGGUUAAGACGCAGACGCCCAACCGGAAGGAAUGGGUGAUUCCAAAGGAAUUCCGAGAAAUCCCUUACCUCAAGAAACUGAAGGUCAAAAAGCAGGACCGGAUAUUCCCCCCCGAGACCAGUGCCCCCGUGGCAGCAGCACCGCCGCCUCCCACAGCCUCGGCGCCCACCACCACGAACUCUUCUGCCCCACCAGAUAAGCCGCUGUCCAACAUGAAGAUCCUGACUCUUGGGAAACUCGCCCGGAGCAAGGAUGAAGUGAAGGCCACCGUGGAGAAACUCGGGGGGAAGCUGACUGGGACGGCCAACAAGGCGUCCCUGUGCAUCAGCACUAAAAAGGAGGUGGAAAAGAUGAGUAAGAAGAUGGAGGAAGUAAAAGAGGGCAGCGUUCGAGUGGUGUCUGAGGAUUUCCUCCAGGACGUCGCUGCCUCGACCAAGAGCUUCCAGGAGCUGGUCUCGGCCCACCUCCUGUCCCCCUGGGGGGCCGAGGUGAAGGAGGAGCCUGUCGAAGUCGUGGCCCCAAAAGGGAAGUCGGGGGCUGCAGUCUCCAAAAAGAGCAAGGCCCCCGUCAAAGAGGAAGGAAACAACAAAUCUGAAAAGACGGUGAAAUUAACUCUUAAAGGAGGAGCUGCUGUUGAUCCUGAUUCUGGUCUGGAACGCUCUGCACACGUCCUGGAGAAAGGCGGGAAGGUCUUCAGCGCCACGCUGGGCCUGGUGGACAUCGUUAAAGGAACCAACUCCUACUACAAGCUGCAGCUCCUGGAAGAUGACAAAGGAAGCAGGUACUGGAUAUUCCGGUCCUGGGGCCGCGUGGGCACGGUGAUUGGCAGCAACAAACUGGAGCAGAUGCCGUCCAAGGAGGAUGCCGUCGAGCACUUCAUGAAGUUAUACGAAGAGAAAACCGGGAACGCCUGGCACUCCGAGAACUUCACAAAGUAUCCCAAAAAGUUCUACCCCCUGGAGAUCGACUAUGGCCAGGAUGAAGAGGCGGUGAAGAAACUGACAGUAAGCCCUGGAACCAAGUCCAAGCUCCCCAAGCCGGUCCAGAACCUCAUUAAGAUGAUCUUCGACGUGGAGAGUAUGAAGAAGGCCAUGGUGGAGUAUGAGAUUGACCUUCAGAAGAUGCCCUUGGGGAAGCUGAGCAAAAGGCAGAUCCAGGCCGCAUACUCGAUCCUCAGUGAGGUCCAGCAGGCCUUGUCCCAGGGCAGCAGCGACUCCCAGAUCCUGGAUCUCUCCAACCGCUUCUACACCCUGAUCCCCCACGACUUCGGGAUGAAGAAGCCUCCGCUCCUGAGCAACGCGGACAGCGUGCAGGCCAAGGUGGAAAUGCUGGACAACCUGCUGGACAUCGAGGUGGCCUACAGUUUGCUCCGGGGAGGGUCUGAGGACAGCAGCAAGGACCCCAUCGAUGUCAACUACGAGAAGCUCAAAACCGACAUUAAGGUGGUGGACAAGGAUUCCGAGGAAGCCAAGGUCAUCAGGAAGUACGUGAAGAACACUCACGCGACCACACACAAUGCCUAUGACUUGAAAGUCCUCGAGAUCUUCAAGAUCGAGCGUGAAGGGGAACACCAGCGCUACAAGCCAUUCAAGCAGCUGCACAACCGGAGGCUGCUGUGGCACGGGUCUAGGACCACCAACUUCGCUGGCAUUCUGUCCCAGGGGCUCCGGAUCGCCCCCCCUGAAGCGCCCGUGACGGGCUACAUGUUCGGCAAAGGGAUCUAUUUCGCCGACAUGGUCUCCAAGAGCGCCAACUACUGCCACACGUCCCAGGGAGACCCGGUGGGCUUGAUCCUCUUGGGAGAGGUUGCCCUUGGGAACAUGUACGAGCUGAAGCACGCUUUGCACGUCAGCAAGCUGCCCAAGGGCAAGCACAGCGUCAAAGGUUUGGGCAAGACGACCCCUGACCCUUCCGCCAGUAUCACGCUGGAUGGGGUGGAGGUUCCUCUCGGGACGGGGGUGUCGUCUGGUGUCGACGACACCUCCCUGCUGUACAACGAGUACAUUGUCUACGACACGGCUCAGGUGAACCUCAAGUACCUGCUGAAGCUCAAGUUCAACUUUAAGACGUCCCUGUGGUGAGCGGGCGGAGCCCGAGGCGCAGCCCAGCCGACGGCAGGCAGAGGCCGUGGCUGGGGUGCCAAGGGCAUGCCUUCACGGAACCCCUCGGAGAGAUUUGAACACCGGGUCACAUGUUCAACGAUUUUUCCAGACUUUUCAGAUCCAUUGUUCAGGGGGCUGGGGGUGGGUUUCCCUGCACCAUAGCCCUGUGGGUAACUGACAGUGGAGAGAGGGAGGGGCAGGGUUUUGUCUAGAAUAGUCCUCAGGAGAGACCAGGCCACGUGAGUCCUGGUCCCCGGGGAAGGAAAACCUAAUCUUCCACCUCACACUUAAGUGUUCUUUUUUAGUUUUGGAAAAUGUUAAGCAUUUAUUUUGAGGUAAAAAUAAAAACUAAUUUCA